CCUCUAUACAGAUUUCUAUAUAAAUCGAUCCCUCCCUUCUCUCCCUUCUCCAACCUCCCAUCUCAAAAUUUGAUACAUUCUCUGCGCUUUUGCUUAUCAAUCUCCUCAAGAUGACGAUCUCUGCAACUAAUCCACUCAUAGUCUCUUUCGGUGAGAUGCUAAUCGAUUUCGUCCCCAACGUCGCUGGAGUUUCCCUUGCAGAGUCCACCGGAUUCCUCAAAGCCCCCGGCGGCGCCCCCGCCAACGUUGCCUGCGCCAUUACCAAACUCGGUGGUUCUUCCGCUUUCAUCGGCAAGGUUGGGGACGAUGAAUUUGGGCACAUGCUAGUUGAUAUCUUGAAGGAGAAUGGUGUGAACAUUGAUGGUGUGUGCUUUGAUCCAGACGCGAGAACGGCAUUGGCGUUUGUGACGUUGAAGAAUAAUGGAGAGAGGGAGUUCAUGUUUUACAGAAACCCUAGCGCUGAUAUGCUUCUUAAGGAGUCGGAUCUUAAUAUGGAAUUGAUCAAACAGGCGAAGAUCUUUCAUUAUGGAUCCAUAAGUUUGAUCUCUGAGCCUUGUAGGUCUGCUCACAUGGCAGCCAUGAGAGCUGCUAAGGAAGCUGGGAUCUUGCUUUCUUAUGAUCCUAAUGUGAGGUUGCCGCUUUGGUCGUCACCUGAGGCUGCUCGUGAAGGGAUCAUGAGUAUUUGGAAAGAAGCUGAUUUCAUUAAGGUUAGCGAUGAUGAGGUAGCUUUUCUGACUCAAGGAGACCCAGAAGAUGAGGAAGUAGUUUUAUCACUGUGGUAUGAAGGCCUGAAGUUGCUUAUUGUUACUGAUGGUGAAAAGGGUUGCAGAUAUUUCACUAAGGACUUCAAAGGCAAGAUGGCUGGGUUUGCAGUGGAUACUGUUGACACUACUGGAGCUGGUGAUGCUUUUGUUGGUUCACUCCUCGUCUCAAUUGCCAAAGAUGAUUCCAUCAUCCAGGAGGAAGGGAAAUUGAGAGAGGCUCUUAUAUUUGCGAACGCUUGUGGGGCGAUUUGUACAACCCAGAAAGGAGCAAUUCCGGCACUUCCCACUCCAGCAGAUGCUCAUGACCUCAUCACCAAAUCUAAUGGGAAUAAUUGAAGUGGUUUCCCUCUUUAAUUUGGACAUUUUUCUUCUUCUAGUGUCUUGCAUAAAUGCAUUCAUGGGGUCUAAAUUUCUGUCCCCUAUCUCCCCCGCCCCCCUCUCUCUUCUAUUUUUUAUUUUUGAGAUAUAAUGUUUUCUUGGAUUGUACGAAACAAAACGUAAAGGUUUGGUGUUGAUGGGAUACCUUCUAUUAAAUAUUCAGAACCAAUCUAUGAUGAACAGCCAGCGAUGGCAGUCAUAAUUA